AUUCUUCAUAGACAACAGUCAAGUUUUGAAAAUGUUUCGUCUAGUAGCCUUAUUCGCACUCGUUAGCCUGGCCUGUGGUGCCGCUAUGCCUGAUGACUUAGAUGGACGCAUUGUUAAUGGUGUAGACACCACCAUUUCUCAGCACCCUUAUCAGGUGUCAUUGCAAACUGUCAGCGGUUCACACUUCUGCGGUGGUUGGGGCACUAAAUGCUAUCUUACCUGCUUGAGUUUGCCGACAACAUUGCAAGAGGUCUCCGUCGAUAUUGUGGAUCAGCUUGAUUGCGCUUCUAGCCAGUACAAAUAUGGUACAUCAAUUUUGGACACCAUGGUAUGUGCUUUUGCUUUGAACAAGGAUGCUUGCCAAGGUGAUUCUGGUGGUCCACUGGUUGCUAACAAUGAAUUGGUCGGUGUGGUGUCUUGGGGUAAUGGCUGUGCCAGAUCUGCUUAUCCUGGUGUAUAUUCUGAUGUGGCUUCCCUCUAUUCAUGGAUUGUGGCAGCUACUGAAUAAAUUCAAAUAUUUUCUUUGAAAUAACAGCAAAUAAAAAAWAACUACUAGCAUAAAAUGUAUAAAA